AUGAGUCAUCAUCAUAAUGGCCAAUCCACUCCGUCCUCUAGUGCAACAAAUGGUAACAUCAUGAUGAACAAUCAAAGUAACGGCACCAAUGGCUCCUCUAUUCCGAGUACCAACAAAUCAAUUCCGUUACGGCCGAAGCAAUUUCAAGAUGUUCUUGAUGUCAUGAGAGAUCCAAAUUCCGUCUUGUUUUUUGAGUAUUCUACCGAAUCUCAAGUCGCUAAACGAACACUGAAUUGGGCCAUUUACUUUUAUCAACACAAAGAAUUCGUAAAAGCAAGAGACGCUCUCAUCAAAUGUGGAGAGUUGAUUUCUACCAUAAAUUCCCAGUUGACCCAACUAUUACGAAGUAAUACAACCCCUAACCACCAUGAUGAAGGUGACAGCUCAAAAAAGAAUAGCAUGCUUGUACAACAGCAACAAUUACAAGCCGGCAAGGAUUUUCUAUUCAAAAUUAUUCUACUGGUGGAACAUAUCGAUUUUUUGCUGAAACAACCACAACGUCAAAGCUCACAAUCCAAAGCACCCACACCAUCCCAACAACAACAACCCUCCACAACAAAUUCUUCCUCCUCAUCCACUCAAAAAACUCUUUCACGAAUUUCAAGUGGAAUCUUCUCCAAAAUUACAUCCAUAGCAACUGGUUCUUCUUCCUCAUCGUCAACCUUAUCAUCUUCGUCUGGUAGUAGCUCCAAUCCCAGCAACAGCAGUUCGGAAUCUUCUUUGCUACGUUUCAUCAACAAUGUUGGAAGCGCUUUAAAAAAGCCAAAGGAAGAUGCACCCAUACCCAAUUUGGCAGAGUCAUAUGUACAGGAACAAUAUGUGUUUAUUGAAUUUAUGGAAAGCAAAAACAAUCCAAAGACAAUUUCCGAACAUCCAAAAACAAUACCAACUUCUAACGCUGGAAUUGUGUUGACAACUCCUUCUUCUUCUUCGACAUCAAGAGAAUCUGUGUCAACUUUGCAACAGCGAUUACAAACGGUGAUGAAAGGAACAAAACCUUCACAGCCACAACAACAAUUACCAACCAUUCAACAACCUCAACCUCCACCAUCUAAUGUUCUUCCACGAUUAUCCCUAGAUGUGUCUCCAAAUGAAAAUAGGAGUCCUCAAUCCGCAUCUAGAAUGAAAUCCUUUAUUCACUAUAUGGACAGUCGAAAAGAUCUCACUCCUGACAACAUCUCUCCACAAGAUGUCAAAAAUAUGAUCAAGAUAUUGAACGAAAAUUUGAAAACCUUGGGAUCGUCUUCAAACUACAAAGCAGUUGAGGCUCUUGGCCAAAUUCAUGAAAGAAUUCUUCCCUUUAAAAAGCAAAUUCUCAAAGAGCUCAGCAAUCAAUCAACAAAAGAGAAGUCAAAGAAGCUUUACAUGCUUAAAAAAUUUUUGAAGAUUGCUUUUGCUGCACAAAUGGUCAAUCACUUUAUUUCGAAGGAACAAAGUGUCAACACGCUUCAAGAGAACUUACAACAAUUUUUUGAAGUCGAUAAUUUUACCCUUCAGCUAUUAAUUAUCUAUGGAAUUGCGGAAAGUUUUGACCAUACUUAUUUUUGUUUAUCAUACCUUUUGAACUGUAUUGAAAACUUUUCUCAAACCAUCAACUCUGUAAAUCAAUACCAGGUGGAGAAGAGACAAAUUUAUCGUCAAGUGGAUGAACUCGUAUUUGGUCAUUUGAGAAAUAGAAUUAUGGAAUUGAAAUGGUGCUUUGGAAUUGACACAUUUGCCUAUGUUACAAAUGAUUUUGAUGGAGACGCUCUGCUAGCGUUGGAUACUUUAUUGUCAUGCUUAGUUGGAUGGCAAAAGGUCAAAUCAUUGAUGGGAGAUUACAGUGUAAAUAAUCCUUCUUCCACAUCGAAUAUCAUUGCUGACUCUCUGGCUCAUUUUGUUCGAAAAGUUUAUAUCCUCAAUAGAGAGAUCAUUUCGAACAACUUGAAACAAUCGGGCAGACUGAAAGGAUUCUUUUUAGAAGCAACCUUUAACAUGAAUUUGGCUACAUUUGUUGUGGAUGAGAGCAAGCAACUAAUCGCCAGAUUUGCUCCCUAUCUUGACAAGCAUUUAGUUGAAUCGAACACCAGCUUUGCGGACAUUAUAUGCUCUGAAUUUUCAAAGCAUUUAACAGUAGAGGUUAGCGCAUUUUGUCAAGAGGCUCUCAAAUAUCAAAAUGCUUGUAUUGAACAAGGAAGGAAAAACAAAUAUCUUAGAGUUUACUUUAAUGAGCUCAAUCUAGGAGUAAUUAACAAGCUAUGCUCUCAUUUGGCGACCAAGUACAGAGUGUUGCAGGAAUUGUCUGCGUUUGUUGGAACUUUCGACUUUACCAUGUUUUAUGAAAUUGUGAGUCUGUGCAUUACCGUCGCAACUCCAAACAGACUAAAAGACUUUUAUGCAAAAGUAAUGAGCAUGGAUACGCUUGACAAGCCUAUUGAUAAGACAGUUCUGUACACUUUUUCCUGUAUUGAUAUGGCAAAUGCAAGUUUGAAACCUAUUCAUACCAUUUACAACUUGGACGGAAUUAUCAGAAAUCAGAAUGACAAGUACUUGAGUUUUCUCACUUUACAUUUUGAAGCAAUUCGGCCGACUAUUUCCGAAUACCUUCAAACCAUGCUCAGUAGAUGCAAGUUUGAGCUUUCAAAACAAGGCAAUGUUCACGAUAGAAUUAGACUUGCCUGUAUUGCCUUCAAUAAUGUCAAUGGUCUAUUUCUGUAUGCAAAAGAUAUUUUGCAACAUUUUAACAACGCCAUCUAUACACAACUUUUAGAAGAUUAUGAAAGAAACAUCGAUCCAGAAGACGAAGACAAUGAAGUGAACUAUAAUCUUCUCCAUGAUAAAUUGAUAGAAGUGUAUGAUUUUCCAACUGUGAAAUCAAUCAUGAAUGAAAUUCAAAUGAUAACUACAGAUAUGGCCUUUUGCAUUGCAGAUUGGAUUUAUACCAUGAAUGAACAACGAUUUGAAGCAAUAUUUACCUCGUUACCAGGGAAAGAGAUGGAAAGUUUGGUGGUGUUAUUGAGCUCUCUCGAUCGAUUUUUCAUACAUUUAUCCGAUGUCUUGUAUUUGGAAUUGUUGCACGAAGUAUUGAAACAUUUGUUUGUGAUUUAUGUUCAGAAAUUAUUGAGGAACAAGCUAUUGGGAUGUAAACAACAAUCUCACCUUAAUGCCUCCGAACUUCUCUCUCCCAUCUCAUCUGUUCCACCCUCCAUGGAUAUUUUGUCCUCUUCACCUGGAACUUCCAUGUUCCAAUAUAACUCUCCAAAUGUUGGCAUUCAAUUAUGUCUCAAUGGGUUUAGAGACUUGUUUUAUGCAAAUGGUGAAGGGUUACCUUUAGAUUUUCUCGAGCAACAAUCGAAAGAGUUGGACAUUUUGUUACUCAUCUACACCGAUGACACAGAAUCAUUGAUUAAUCUGUAUGAGUCACUUAUCGGAGAAAAUGAUGACAAGACCCUCAUUGACUUGUAUGAACGUUUUUCAAAUCAUUUACCUUCUUCGAAUGGAGGCGUUCAUGACGAGAGUGACAAUAUUUCUAUCGCCAGUGGCCACUCUGGCUUGAGCAGUAACAGCUCUACAGAUUCUGUGGUCAUGUUGUCACUUCAGCAAACAAUCAACAACAAGAAUAAGAAUGAUUUUCUAUCGCCUGAACUCAUCCUUCUUCUCCUCAACAAACGAAAGAAGGAUCGGCGAGCUCGACAAUACGCCAAACAGAGACUGAAAAAAGAUCUCCAACAACAAUAG